AUGUCCGUACAGCUGUCAGAAAUCGCAAAGCAAGAAGAAGCCCUGAUCCUGCCCCGCUUCACGGCCGACGAUGCCCUCGAGAUCGGCCUGGCCAUCCGCAACCGGCUGCGCGCUCUAACGCACCUUUCGGCGGUGGUCAACAUCACGCUGGCCAACAGCAACAACCUCCUGUUCCACGCGGUGUCGCGGCCGGGCGUGCAGCCGGACAAUGACGUGUGGGUGGCGCGCAAGAGGAAGACGGUGCAGCGGUGGGGGGUGAGCACCUGGUUCAUGCACAACAAGAUGCACGGCGACGAGGAGGCCUUCAAGAAGAAGUACAUGCUCGGCGAGACAGCGGGCGACUAUUCCAUCCAUGGCGGCGGCAUGCCUGUGCGAGUGCGCGGCGUCGAGGGCGUCGUCGCCGUCAUCGUCGUCAGCGGGCUCAAGCAGAACGAGGACCAUCAGGUCGUUGUUGAUGCCCUAGAAGAGUUUCUCGACGCUACGGACCGAGAGCCUCGGUCGCCCUCGUAUGAAUUAUAG